AUGGUACAAGUCAAUAAUCAAGCCAAUCUCAUUGAUCAUCGUUCCUUCUUUUCCUCUCAUGAAAAUCAUAAAAAACUUUCAGAAAAUCAAAAACUCCGUCUGAUGGGAGUCAUUGAUAAGAAUGUUGAACAAUUGAAAAUUCUCAAUAAUUAUAUUUAUCCUAUUCAAUACAGAGAAUCUAUUUAUGAACAAAUAUUGCAGAGAGGACCUGAUUUUAACAUGUUUGCAAUUUUCAAUGACAUUGCUGUUGGAAGUUUUUCAUGUCGAAUUGAACAAUACAAUAACACCAAAGCCAUCUAUAUCAUGUUAUUGGGAGUAUUACCUAAAUAUAGAAAAUUAGGAAUUGGUAAACAAUUAAUGGAGAAAAUAUUUGAUAUUGCUAGACAGAAUGGAAUUUCAACAUGUUUUCUUCAUGUACAAACUGGCAAUGAAGGAGCUGUUCAAUUUUAUGAAAAGUUAGGAUUUGUCAAGGUAAAGACAUUGGAGAAUUUUUAUGCAAAAGAUGACAUUCCAUUGGGAACGAGAGAUGCUUUUUUAAUGGAAGUGAAAUUACCAUAA